AUGGCAGUCGAGAGUUCCCUCAAAAGGAAAGUUCAUGGUCCAACCAAAUCUUGGGGCAAAGUGGUGCCCAAGAAAAAGAAGACCAAGUGGAAAUAUGUUUAUCAGAAGAGGCUGGCUUUGGAAAGGGAAUUAGCUCAGAAUGUCCUAGACUGUAAGGAUAUUAUGGAUCUUAUUCAAGAGGCUGGUUUAAUGAAGACUAUGACUCAGUUUUCAAAGUUCUAUGAGAUGUUGGUAAAGGAAUUUAUUGUUAAUUUGUCUGAAGAAUGUGCUGAUGGCAAGUCUAAGGAAUUCAGGAAAGUGUAUGUGAGAGGCAAGUGUGUAAAUUUCUCUCCUUCAGUGAUCAACAAGUAUUUGGGAAGGCCUGAUGAAGCUCAACCUGAGCUUGAGGUGACUGACAACAAAAUAUGUCAAGUCAUCACUUCUAAUCAGGUAAGGAAGUGGCCUCUCAAAGGAAAAUUGGUGGCAAGUAAACUGAGUGUCAAGUAUGCAAUGCCGCACAAGAUUGGAGCUGCUAACUGGGUGCCCACCAAUCAUAAAUCUACAGUUGCUGUAAUUAUUGGAAAGUUUAUAUAUGUUGUUGGAACCAAAUCCAAAUUUGACUAUGGCUCCUAUAUUUUUGAUCAAACUUUGAAGCAUACAGGAAGCUUCAGUGUGAAGGGUCCUAUAGCCUUUCCUUCUCUCAUCUGUGGUAUUAUUUUGAAUCAGUUUCCAAACAUCUUAACUGAGAAUGAUUCUGUGAAGAAAAGAGACAACCCUAUGUAUUUCAAUCAUAAGAUGUUCCUAGGUACCCAUGUCCCUGACAUUGUCAUGACAUCAGGUGAGACAUCACGUGUAAGCAAUCAGCCAGGUAAAGCUGCUGUCAUUGCAAUGCUCAAAGAAACUUGCAGGGAAUUAGAGGCAAGGAAGCUAAACUUGGAAAAUUUGAUUAGCUCUUUGGAGAUGACUGAAGGUGAUGUGCUAGCUGAUGGUGGAGAAUUUGGUGAAGCUGUUGUUGUUGCAGAAGAUGCUGAAAGAUAA